CGGCAUUUCCCUGGCAUUUCACUCUCUCAUUGUCACUUGUGCCACAACCUCGGGGCAACCAGAUGAGCGCUACUGGACCCGAACGACGCGCCCGGCGUCAAAGAUCAAAGCCAUAUGAGCGCCCACCAUCGAAGCCGUCUUCGCUCUCGUCCCUCUGGAGUGUACUAACUGCGCCUUUCAAGCGCGGGAGCUCGUUAUCUGAUACAAAUCAAGACUCGGGAUCAUAUUCAGGAAGUGACGACAGUGAGGUGGAGGAAACCACCACGGUAGAAUCCCGUCGAAUCCCCGAACCAUAUACUCCUUCUCCAGCAGCACUGCAACUCUCAAAACGCGGUGAACAGAUGUUGGAUCCCAAUUAUCAAUCUUCCCUUUCAACGGUUCCCCCCUCGCAAACGUCUUCUGCCACAUUCGGUUCUGCACCCUCCACCGCGACGGUGCCUGGCAGCCGCUAUAUUGCGUCUGUAAAGCCUUUCGGGCAAUUGCAGACAUCGUCAGUUUCACUUGUACCAACCGAACUUACCCUCUUCUCUAGACAGAACGACGCGCCAAGUAGAUCUACAUCACCGCAGGAUAGAAAUGCGCCCACAGCCUCAAAUCGCUAUCAACAGAUCGUGGACUUUCUUCAGUCUAAGGGAGAGGCGAAGCUUAAUAACUUCGAGCUUCUAGGAAUCGCACAAUCCCUCAAGGACUCAUCGGAUGUCCCCCCAGAGGCUCUCCUCGGCCUCAUCAACAAUACUCCCCCACCUUCCGAUGUGCCUUCUGCAGCACUUUUAACAAUUCGGAGCUCACGACCCUCCACUCCAAGCGCACCGAGACCGUUCCUUGCACCUCCGACAUCAGAAACCAAGGCCACAACACCCCAAAUUGAAAUUAGCCUUCCGAAUUCGCCGAUUCCUGUCCGUAGGCAUCGACGCCGAUCCACGUAUGUGGGCGUCGGACAAACCACUCCGAGACGCUAUGCUGUCUCCAAGAAUGCGGCGGAAGCCCAUAAUAUAGAUGAUAAAGAGGCUUCUGGCACGAAGAAACGACGAAUAGGUGACUUCGGUGCACCUACUACUUCUGGAGAAGAGAGUUCUGCUGCUUCGUCACCUCCACAUACGGAUAAGCCAAAUAUCAAGGAACAUGAAGUAUCUCCGCCACUCCAAAAUACUGUUCAAUUCCCCAUGAGCUCUCCAGCUAAACCUCAUGCGCCUUCUGAAGCACCAUCGGAGCCGGUGCGGUCCCACCGCGUGCUACCUCGAACUACAGGAUUGUUUACCCGUCCGUCGUCGGCUCCCUCUCCACUGCGUAAAGUCUUGAACGAAUCCUCACAGGCUUCAGAGCCGCCUUCCCGAACAUCCGAACCAAAGAGUCAAGCAUCCGUUGCUAUUCUUGACAUAUUGAUGGAUGGGACAGGAUCCCUGGAGCUUCAAAAUCCCAAGGAAAGCGACGCUGAUGCUCGAAGCCCCUUAUACAACCCAUUCCAAACCAUUGCCACCCCCAAAGGCGCCAGGAUAUCUACACCAACACCUCGCAAGCUUCUGAAGAGGCCAUCUACAGCAAUCAUCGAGCCCCCAGUGGCCGUGAAGCGUGGCUUUGAAUCAACGCAGUCUGAUAACAUUCUUGACCAAAUCGACAGCACUGCACCUAAGCAGCCACCCUCGAAACGCCCUAAACCUGAGAAGACCCACCUCGAUUUAAAUGGCGACUCCGUCGGCAGGUCACCCAUCAACGUGUUCCCCUCCCGAACCGAAGCGAAGUCUCCAUUCCCCAAACCCGAUCUGGUUAAAAUACCCAAGAGCAGGCUUGGGGCCCUGGAGUGCGCCAUUAUCAAGACUGAAGAGCCAAACGAAACCCCCCUUGUGCUGAAACGUGCUAUAUCGGGGCCAGAAGUCAUUGAAAUUGAUGACGACGAGGAUGAGAAUGUGGAAAACGGGGUGAACAACAGAAUGUCCGAGGGACCUCAUUCCCAUGUAGAGAAUGGGGCGCUAACGUCAUCACGGUCACCAUCUUUGAGUCCAGCCAAAGCUGUGCACAUACAGCCCAAUUCCGUUGAGGAAGUUGAAGAUGCGAAGAGUCCUAGCAAUGUUGUCCAACCCCCAUCCCGUCCGUCGAAUAAACCACGACCGGCACCAUUGGCACCGCGACCCGGAACAUCAAACGGUCUGCUUGCACCUAAUGCAUCUUUUAAAUCCACAUCCCCCGUUAUUCCUUCGCCCUUACGUCAUGUUUCUCUUCCCCCAGACAAUGACGAGGAUGAAGAAACAUCCAAGCCAAUGCCCGAGGAGCAAUCGUCGACGGUGAUGAAACUGAACAGCCAUGCGGCCGAGGAAGCUCCUGCCAUCCUUUCCCCGAAAUCACGCGCAUUGCGCAUUCCCUUACAAGAGCUUUCCACGUUUGAUAUACUCCUGCCUACCUCCAUUGCCACUAUUCAAUCAAUCUGCAAGACUCGCGAGUCAUCGGAGGCACUGGACAAUGCUGCCGCCCUCCCAGAGGCUGAUCUUUUGAAGUAUGAAUUUGCAUUUUCAGAUGACAAAAACCCGCCUUCAGCACCUGCAACCAUUCCACUAAUUACGACGACAAGCGCUUCCCCAUCUGCUUCCCCGCCCCUGUCGCCUUUGAUUUUGCUGCUGCAGGGAAGCUGGACCUGCCCAGUUUGCGCCUGUCAAAGUCCUCCCACUGCAAUAAAAUGUGCGGUCUGCGAGACACCAAAAUCUGGGGGCAAUACUUCCCCAACAUCACCCUCUUCCUCAGCGCAGUCGCUUGUACCCUUAGAGAAGAUCCCAAAUGGGGAGGUCACUGUAUCCGGCGGUACCUCUUUUGAUUGGGCGGGAGCUGGAAUGGCAAAGCCGGUCGCCUCUUCCGACAUUUGGAUCUGUGGGACCUGUGGAAUCAAGAAUGGGCUAGAUCAGCAGAAAUGCAUGGCAUGUGAGGCAUCACGCCCAAUACCACCUCAAUCCACGGCGCCAAUCGCUGGGUUCGACUGGGUUGCAGCUGGACUCAAGCCGAAAGAUGACACAAACACAUGGACAUGCGGUACCUGCAUGGUAACAAACGACCAAGAUAAGAUUAAAUGCGCUGCAUGCGAGAGUCCCCGACCGUGACUCAGGAGACACAUUAUUUAUUUCCUUCGAGAUGCUGAUGUAGUACAAUAAUGAUACUUCGCCUGCUGCUCCAGCCCUUUUGAUCUGUUCGGCCACUCUCUUGCGUCACAUGGUUCGCAACAAGUUCGCAUGCCAAGAUCAAUAGCAAGUUUAGAACUCAAGCCGUCUAGCCACUGAUCGAAGAUCCUUUGGUUCUUCGCUUGAGAAUGGAUCGUCGCUGACCUUGCGUUUUAGAGACCUGGCUUUGCUGGUCUUAGUCGCUUUGACCUGGCCUUCUGUGUCUUCAGGUAAUGUCCGAGGAGCUGUUGGCACAUUGGUUCUCGGGAGCUUGGAUGGAUGCGUUGGGUACGGGAGAGCGAAGAAAUAAGGAUGUCGUAGCGC